AUGCCCUCGCGCAAGAGUGACGCCCGCCGGAACGACGUAUCCGUCGCAAGGUUCGUUCUUGCCGAAGACGACAGCGCCAUGGCCACCGAAUCAUCUGCGCCAGGGCCAGCAUCAUCAUCAUCAGCACCAUCGGCGUCCAAAACAGACCACUCGGCGUCCGGCCCGGCACCUGGCACUCAACAACAACACCAACAACAACAACAGCACCAGUCCGGCGAGAAGAAGGAAAAGGAGAGGGACAAGGACAAGGAUAAUUUGACCAUCGAGAUACAAGCCAACGCCAUCCUCGCGCUGACCAAGAGCGCGACCGUCUUUAUUAACCACCUGGCCAAUGCCGCAAAUGAAUUCACCGUUCGCGCCAACAAGAAGACGAUCAUGCCCGCCGACGUCUUCUCGGCCCUCGACGAGAUCGAGUACGGGUUCAUGCGCGAGAGACUCGAGGCCGAGUUUGCCAGUAUGACCCCCUCCUCCCCCCACCCC